AUGACCGAUCCUCACAUCCCCCCGGGCCCGAAAGCAGCUGGCCCGUCACUACUGGCAUGCUUGCGAUGUCGUCAAGCACAUCUCAAAUGCGAUGGCAACAGCCCGACCUGCAGCCGUUGUGCCGUGAACGGUGCCCAGUGCAACUACACCAAAUCGCGCCGAGGCUACAAAGGCCCCUCGAAGAAACGCCGCGCAGAUGAAGGCUCCCCGGACCAGAUGCUGCCUGUUGGGCCUGCGAUCGGCAGGCCCGACGUCUCGGUCGACUGGAAUUUACAAGCCGGCAGCUACCACUACACGCCAGUCAUGCCUCUGCUCUCUUCGGCGUCUGCAAGCCCCGGCAUACACGAAAUACCGUUCACCGCGACACCCACGGCUCGCCCGAUGGCCGGUCCGUUGACCCCGGACUCAUCUUCGUCCGUCGGCGGCGACGGAUACUUGCUUGAUAUCUAUUAUACGAAUUUCCAUGCCGCCCAUCCAAUUCUCCCGCCGCUACGGUUCCUCUAUCGCGCUAACUUCCCAGUGUAUCUGGAGCAGGUGAUGAAGUUCAUUGGCACUCACUUCACUCCGGCUGCCUCCAGCGAAAAUUAUCGCCCCACGGUGGUCGUGGGAGUUUGGGACCAAGCGCCCAGUGUUGAAAAGGUCCAGGCUCUCCUUCUGCUCUCGAUUGUGUUGCACUCGCGAAAUGAACGUGCCGAGGCCGGGAAUUGCUUGGCUGCUGCGGUGGACCUGGCAUUCGAGCUGGGCCUCAACCAAGCGACCUAUGCCGAGACUGCCAGUAAUGGCGAUCCGAUCCGUGCCGAAUGCCUGCGACGGACCUGGUGGGAGCUCUUUGUGAUCGAGGGACUGCUGACGGCACUCGGGGUGCAGAGUGUAUACCGCACGAAUCUGGUGUUACCUGAGGUAUCCCUCCCCUGCGAGGAAAAGAUAUACCUAGAAGGCAUGGCCCCACCAACGCCACCAACGAUAGCUCAAUUCGAUGAGCGUGUCUUUGCCGAAGAAGAGCGCGAUUUCUCGUCUUAUUCCUACCGGAUCGAGGCGGUGCGCAUUCUGGGCCGGGUGGUGGCCACCCAAGAGAUGACGGAGGGCCAACAAGACCAUGUCGAAGCCAUCGAUGCCCGCAUUGCCAGCUGGUACCACCACCUCCCCGAGUCCAAGGCAGAGCUUAUGCGGCCAGAUGGCUCAGUAGACGAGGUCAUGUUCCAGGCCACGAUGAUCGUGAAUGGGGCCUCUAUUUACCUGAACUUCCCCCGCUCCGACUUGCUUUCUUCCCCGGCAGUCGCGUCCGAAGUCAUCUGCGGCCACCAUGGUCCCAUUAGCGUCCCCGCCUUUUCCCACCACGCGCAUGCCAUGAAGGCCGUCAAGGCGGCCAGCGAGCUGUCGACCCUGGCUGCCAUGCGCCUGCCCGUGGAGCGACACACCCCCUUCUUUAUCUGUGCCCUCACUCUCAGCUCCAUUGUUCAGCUAGCAGCUUGUUCUGUCAAGGCGGGCCAGAUGCCUGAUCCGAGUCGCGACCGCAUUGGACUCACCAUCGGUGUCUUCCGAACGUUGGCCCGGACUUGGGCCAUCUCGCAGUCCAUUAUGCGACAGAUCAAAGCCGUGGCACGCGACGUACUGGAGCUGGGUGUACGGCCGAGCAUGGACACAAUCGAUCUCACAUCAUAUUUGGAUACCGGUCGAUUCUGGGCCCAGGAGGGCCCGAGUUGA